AAUAAAAAAUUUGUUAUAAACAGUCGAUGGAUCGGAACAAUUUACGGUCCAUCGAUCUAGUGCCGUUAGUUGACCCGCCAUGGUAGAAACACACGCCUAUUUGUCACUGUCAAAUUAACUUCUGUCAUGUGUGUUGGGCUUGGGUGUAAUGUAAUUCUUAAAUGGAAGAUGACUACUAUCCGCCCGCAAAAUAAUCUCACUUAGCGCAGUCUUCGUCCGGUUUCUCCAGCACUAUGGGGAAGUUGCUGUCGAAAAUAUUCGGCAACAAGGAGAUGAGAAUCUUGAUGCUAGGAUUAGAUGCUGCUGGCAAAACUACGAUACUUUAUAAAUUAAAGUUGGGACAGUCCGUAACUACGAUACCGACAGUCGGAUUUAAUGUAGAAACUGUUACUUAUAAAAAUGUGAAAUUUAAUGUGUGGGAUGUGGGAGGUCAGGAUAAAAUCCGGCCUUUGUGGCGUCAUUAUUACACUGGAACUCAAGGUUUAAUAUUUGUAGUCGAUUGUGCGGAUCGUGAUCGUAUAGACGAAGCGAGGCAGGAGUUACAUCGAAUAAUUAAUGACAGAGAGAUGCGCGAUGCGAUAAUUCUAAUAUUUGCCAAUAAGCAGGAUUUACCCGAGGCGAUGAAACCGCACGAGAUACAGGAGAAAUUAGGCCUUACGCGUAUUCGUGAUCGUAACUGGUAUGUACAACCUGCAUGUGCGACUACCGGGGACGGGCUUUAUGAAGGUCUUACGUGGCUUACUAGUAAUCAUAAGUUAUAGCAUCCACGCAGUUUCUCAUUUUAGUACAUAACGCAUACGAACGCUAUUGUAAAAUUACUGUAAGGAUAUAUUUUGUAAAUAAAUUGAUCGUACUAUUUAAUUUGAAUGAAUUUGAAUUGUUUUCCGUGUAAAAUAUUGUUGCCACACAUGUGCCACCAAAUAACGGCAAUAUAACUUGAAAUCAUGUAGUAAUUGUAUAUUCACACUUUUAUGUAGGAGCCAGCGAUAUUGUUUGUCAGUAGGAAAUAUAGCAAAUUAUUUUAAUUGUAGGAAAUCCUUAAAGCAGGUAUUUAUUGUUUGUUUUUUUUAUUUGUUUUUUAUAUAAUAUAAAAUGUUAAAUUGGAUACACUUUUUGUUAUUUUUUAGUACGCUUACCGCAAAAUACCUUUAGAUAUUUGCAAGUGUCUUCGAUAAUGAAAGCAUUUUGACUGUGCAAUAAACUCUAAUUCGUUAAUAUUAAAUUACAGGGCGUUGUGGAGAAAUUCAUUCUUUAUGUAUCGAGGGAAAUUUUAAGAGUUCGUAUGAAAUUAAUACAACUGUUAGUUUGUUAAAAUUUGUCGCAUUUUAAUAUAAAUCAUUUAUAGGAAAUGUUUUUCAUGUGAUAAUUUAAUGUGAUAUCCACAUUCCAAUUUAAGUAAACGAACUUUUUACAGUUUAGAAUAAGUAAUGUAAUAUUUACAUUUCCUCCAGUGUCUGUAAUGUGACUAAAUAUUUUGUUAUUUUUUAUGUACUGCCAUAACUAAUCGUAUCAAAAUGUUCUGUAUGCUUGUUUUCAUUGAUUACAUUACUAACUGAAAGACAUUUAACGUUACUGUAAGCUAGUGCCCUGUAUCAAAAUCAUCCAAUUGUUUUUCUAUUCGCUCUGUUCGAACGUCCCUGUAUUGAGUAGGAUCAACUUGUCGCCUAAUUCUAUAUUGCUGUAUAUAUUUUUUACUUGAUCACUAGUAAUAAUGUAGAAUUGCAUUUGCAAUUGAUCCUAGUUUGAAAAACAUCUCAAAGAAGCCUUAUAUAAAUGGCAGAAACAAUUUGCUUUAAUUGAAUUAAGAAACAUUUGUCAGAAACUUGCCCUUUUUUUUAUUUUGCUUACUCAAGCGAUAGUGGAAGAAUUGUCCUCGCUCCUUUAGCAUACAUUUAGAAUUAAUUUUGUUGCCUACAUUUAUAACUUGAAGAUUUUCUUCAGCAAAUUGGUCUACAUUUUCAAACAUGAAACCAAUAAAAUAUUUUAUGUUAA